AUGUCAUCGGAGGCAGAAGCACAAACGAGGCAGCAGCCAACGAUUCCCGUAGACACCGGCAGUCUCCGCGCGGUCCUGGUUUUCGGGGCCGACCAUUACGUUGGCGAAGUUAUGGUCAUUGCCGCCCUCUGCCGCGAGAUUGAAAUGAGCGGCAUGGCGUACGUCGUCAAUGAGGUCCAGGAACCCAUGGACUUCAUCAAACGGCAUGCUCCCGAGCCCGGAGAUGAUCGCACCGUGUGGGUGUCUCACUAG